AGGUUUAUCAUACAUGAUACAUGAUCUACCGUUAAUGGCGAGCCUAACAGCUCGAUAAAAUGGGUAUAUGCCUAAAUUUACUGUUAAAAUUAGUAUGUUCAUCGAUUAUUGUUUAUGCAUUCAUGAAGAUUACACAAAGAACAAAUUUUACUAUGGAGAAUUCAUUGAUUCGUUUAUUUUGUUCAGAUAGCAUAAUUUAAGAAGUAGUUUCUUUUGUUGCUGUCUUUGCUCUCUCCUUGCAUCUCCUUUCUUGUUCUAUGCUAGGCCGACGCGUUGACGGUUGACGUGCUUUGCACCUUGCUACAUGAUUGAAUUCUUGAUUUUUUUUGUAAAUAAUUGUGAUUUCUUCUUUGAUUGCACAUCUUCAUAUUAAGAAAUUUAAUCAUGACGACUGUCCCAUCAGUAUUUAUUGAUAUUGCACCCGAAGACCAGGCCGUUGAGCUCAGACAAUAUUUCAAGAGUUUAGGAGCUGAAAUUUCAGAAGAAAAGUCUCCCAAAGGCAUCGAGGAUGAUCUGCAUAAAAUCAUUGGAGUAUCAGAUGCUUGCUUCAAAGAAGGGAAUGAGCUGGAGGUGGAAGGAGUAUUAAAUGCUAUUGUAUCUAUGCUGGUCUUGGUACCAGUUGAAAGGGCAGAAAACCUUAUUUUGGCAUUCAGUGAAAAACUAACGAAAGCUCCAGGACCCAAACUGGGAUGUGUCGCUCUCAGAGUCCUGUGGCUGCUGUUCCAAUCGCUGGAGCCACGCUGUUUGAUGCGUUACCACGUGUACUACCACGUGGUUCAAAUUGCGCGCCAAGUCGACCAAGUUCGCGCCGUUUUCAAGGACGUCGACCACCUCAAACUGCAGCUGGCGCCGUGCUCGCCCUCUAACGAGCAAAUGCAAAAGCUGCUGCGUCUCCUACACGACGUAUUAAUCAGCUGCAAGCAGAGCGAGCUAGCAGCCAAAGUGAUGCAGGAACUACUGGGCACUUACACACACGAGAACGCGAGUGACGCACGCGAGGACGCGCAACGCUGCAUCAUGGCGGCCCUUUCCGAUCCGCAGACUUUCCUGCUAGAUCCACUGCUCAAACUGAAGCCGGUUCGCUUCAUGGAGGGAGAACUUAUUCACGAUCUGUUGACCGUGUUCGUCUCCGAAAAGCUGCCUGACUACAUCAAGUUCUACCAGGAGCAUAAGGAGUUUGUCAACAACUUGGGUUUGAACCAUGAGCAGAACCUGAAAAAGAUGCGUCUGUUGACAUUCAUGCAGCUGGCAGAAGCUAAUGCUGAGAUGAGCUUUGACACUAUUCAAGAUGAACUACAGAUAGAGGAGAACCAAGUCGAAGCGUUCAUUAUCGACGUGCUGAAAACGAAACUGGUGCGAGCGCGUAUGGACCAAUCAGCCCGUAAAGUGCACAUUUCGAGCACAAUGCACAGAACCUUCGGCAAGCCUCAGUGGAUGCAGCUGAGAGACGUGCUUCACAAUUGGAAAAACAAUGUCUCCUCUGUUUACGCAGGCAUGAAAGCUGUCGGACUCCAUGCACAGUAGAACUAACAACUAGUUUUUAAUAAUAAUUCAACAAUAAUUAUUACUGUCGUUGUGGAUUCCUGAAUACAUUUUUUAUGCUCCAAUA